AUGAUGCUGCCAGAUCUUGUCUUAUUUCUCCUUUUCCUCACGCUUUACACUGUAGCCCCUGUACCGUAUCCAGAUGGCUUUGCUUGGGACGGCUAUACUCCUGAACUGUAUGCGAACGGUCUUGCGGGCGCACGAACAUUACUUGUUGACCCGGCUGGUGAUAUUCUCGUCCUUGCAAGAGACAAUAAGGCUGGGCAAAUAAUGGCAUUAUGGGAAGAUGCUUCAGGAGUCGUUCAACAAUCUGUCAUUGUGCAAGCCAAUCUGGAUUUAUCUCACGGAAUGGCCUUUUAUCAAGGUUAUCUCUAUGCAUCUUCGGAUACUACCGUGUAUCGAUGGAAAUACGAAGCUGCACAAAGAACGCAAGUGGCCAACAUGACAACUCCAGAAAUAAUUGUACACAGCAUGAAUGCAAAUGGACAUGGUGGAGCACCACAAGGACAUCGUACACGAACUUUGGCUCUUAAAGAUACUAAUUUGUAUAUUAGCGUAGGAUCCGAUCAGAACGUCGAUGCCGAUUCAAGUCGUUCGCGAAUCCGUGUAGUUGAUAUUCAAACAAUUCCUGCUGGUGGAUACGACUUUUUAACAGCCAAGGUGUUUGCAGAUGGAUUGAGGAACGAAGUAGGACUCACGUUUGAUUUUUACGGGAGACUUUGGGGAGUAGAAAAUGGUGCGGAUAACUUGGCGCGCGCAGAUCUUGGUGGCGACAUACAUGAGGAGAAUCCUGCCGAGGAAUUAAAUCUCUUUGAUGGGCCAGAUGGAACAUUUUACGGAUAUCCAUUUUGUUGGACGGAAUAUAAUAUUCCAGGAGGUUUGGGGAAAGGAAGAGGAUCUCAGUGGGCAUGGCCUGAUUUUAUGAACGACGGAAUACAUACUGAUGCUUGGUGUGCAAACGUAUCCAAUAACCGUCCUCCAGUGUUAGCCCUUCCGGGACAUUCUGCCCCGCUUGGGAUUACGUUCUAUGACGGAGAUAAUUGCAAUGCAACACAAAGUUUUGAUUGUUCUAUGAAGGGAGACGCAUUCGUUGCAUUCCAUGGAUCGUGGGAUAGAAACGUACCUACUGGUUACAAAGUCAUUCGCAUUCCUUUCACACAAAAUACGAGCAAUCCGAUGCCGACUGGAGAUACUCAAGAUGUGUUUGGACAAACGGAUGCUGCAACGAAAUGUGCAGGGAAGGCAAACUUAAAAUGCAUGCGUCCAGUAAACGCCGUGUUCAGGAAAGGAGUAAUGUUUGUAUCGUCCGAUGCAACUGGAGAGGUUAUCCGAAUUAGAAAGGGUUCAGGAGAUACAAGUGGAGGUCUUUCGCAGACGAGUGGAGGGCAGAAUCAUCUUGCGCAGAUGAUUAACUUGGCAUCUGCAACAGAAACUACUUGA